AUGAUGCUAAGGAUCAAGAGAGUUCCUACUGUUGUUUCCAAUUUUCAACGGGAAGAGGUGGAGGAAGACUCUCGCCAUGCCAGCGGCUGCGGCCGCAAUUGCUUCAGAAGCUGCUGUCUUCCAGGGGUAAAGCUGCCUAUGUAUGCUUUCAAGAAGAUGAACAAGAUUGAAGUUGAAAAGAAAUCAGCCGGCUCUGAAAACAAAGAGCCUCCGGUUCCCUUCCUUGGCUUCCUUCUUCUUGGGGAGUGGGAGGAUCGGAUGCAGAGAAGCCUCUUUCGCUAUGAUGUCACCACUUGCGAAACCAAGGUCAGUCCUGUUGAAUAUAGACAUAUCCUUCUAAUUCCUCAGAUUCUUGAAUGCUUACCUCAAAGGAUUGACCGGGACAGCUUCUUGCUUGCCCUCUACAUGGCUGCCGGAGCAAAAAAUCCCUACUUCCGCUUGGGUUACAAUAGCUUGGGUGCAUUUGCAACCAUCAACCACCCAUUUCCAGGUUUUUAUCUGUCCUUUCUCUUUGUUUGCCAUGAAGUAAAUAAUUGGUUCAAGUUGUUUGCAUCUCAACAGAAAUUGUAUAAUUACUAUGAUGACAGCCGACAGGUCUAUUACUCAGCUGUGCCAUUCCCCAUUGAAAUGGCUCCCACUAGGAAGAUAACCACAAGUAGGGGUGUGAAAAUCCGUGAUAUUCUUAAUUAUCCAAUCAGAGACUAUAGCAGGAUGGGAGCCUUUAAAGGAAUCCACGUCUUCAAGAGAUUGGGGCCGACGUCUGAAUCUUCGAGUAUGUUUUGGGUAACACCAUUGUCCUCCAUACUGCAAGAAAUGGCUUCAAAGAGUAGCUCCAUCACUUCGUGGAGUCUCUCCAGACAAGGAAACCUCAGCCAGGAGCCUCCAAGCAUUUUCCUCGGAGGCCUUCUCAUAGUCCUCCUUCCUUUUGAGUACCAUAUGAGUGAUAUGUCCACUAAUUUCCCAAACUGCUGGAUCAACUUGAGUGUUUAA